AUGUCAUCUCCAGCCGGGCUGCAGUUCUCCCAGGCAGACUUCCUGGCCCGGUGGCUGCCGAGCAGCACCAGAGCCGGGGUGAUCCUCAACUCGUCCCCGGAUCUGGCUGGAUCCUUGCGAGCCGCCUCCGCCUCGGGAUCCCCGCCGCUGCAGCUCGACGAGUCCUUCAUCUCCGACUUCGCCCCUCUGCCAGCCUCUGCAGACAGCAGCUGCCUGGAUGUGGAUGGGCCUGGACGGGUUCCCGAGCCUGAUGUUCCGGAGGACAGCUCGGAUCCUGCAGCAGCUAGAGAUGAGCUCCAUACUCUGGCUGAAGUUAGAAGCAGAACAGAGGAGCUAGCUCUGACUGUGAAGCUAGAACAGUUACGAAAAUGGCAGCAGCACAUGCAUGAGCAACUAAAAGGCCAUCAGUUGGAGGAGCAGCUGCACCUGCAGGAGGAGCAUCUGAGGCUGUUGGGAAUUAUGAAUGGAUCCCAAAUUUGCACAAAAGAGAGUUCUGAGUCCUCAGGAACACAGAGGGAUGAGAACUGCAGUGAGAUCACACACGGGACCCUUCUGCAGGGACACCAGCUCUCAGCAGCAGGAAGACGGGAGCGACUGCUCAGACGUCAAGAUUAUCAUGAAGACGAGCAAGACGCGAUGCAGGACUGCACAGAUGGUCAGGAGGAGGGAUCUGAAACGGAGUGUUUUAUAAAACAGUGUAAAGGAGCAGUGAGAAGUGAGAACAACACAAAACAUGAAGAUGACGUGUUUAACGACAGACCGAUAAGGCCGGGUGUUGGGGGUCAGAAGCAGACGUUUGAGGAGCUGCUGGAGGAGCAGCUCAGACUGGAGGAACAGAGGCAACAAGUGAGAGCGGCCGUACCACACAGAGCUGAAGCCCCGCCCAAGAGGCCAUUUCUGAAGCGAGGCGCGGGACUUUCUAGAUUUACCAACAAAGUUUCUUCUCAGACAGUGGAGGUGAAGAAAGACUAUACGCUACAACCCCAAGGCAGAGUGCACCCUCGCAGCGACUCGGCGCCUGUUUUUAUAGGGAAAAGUAGUUCCAGUGGAGCCUGGCAGCUUCCUGUUCAGCGUAAAACUGCAGUACUCAACAAAGAAAACCGACAGAGGGGACGUGGUUUGCCACCUCACAACGUCAAAGCAGAGAGCAAGGUGGCACGGACAAAAGUCUUAGGAGGUCACCAAAAAGAAAACGCAGCACUAGAUUCGAUUCAAACAGAACCAGAGCCCAGACGACACGAGCAUGAAACGGGCCAAGUCAAGGAGCAGAAUAAGGUGGUGUCGCUUCAGGCAGUGAAGAACUGGAGUCCAAGCAUGCAGCAGAAGGUGAACCCUUUAGGAAGCCAGAGAAAAGCUGCUGAAGAGAAGAGCUCUAGUUCAGAAGUGGAGGUAAGGACAGGGUCAGAGGAGAGGACUGGACCUUCCCCGGAUUCCUUGGAGUUAUCGUUCCAGGAGAAGCUCCAGCGCUGGGAGUGUGACCGGCAGAUGGAAAGCAUGGAGCUGGGGGAGUUUGAGCUGCUGGAGCAAGCUGCAGAGGAGUUGUCCUUCUCAUCCACCUCCUCUUUUGUCAUGAAGGUUCUUCACAUGGACCAGCAGAAGCGUCAGGCUGCUGCCGGGCUCCACAAGAGACGCCUCUCCUCCACCCCCAUUAAAUCGCCUUCAGCGGGUGAAGCUCACAAGUACAGUGGUGUUCAGCACAGAGAUGUUUUAGUGUGUCCAAGUGUUUCUGGGGGGGAGAUGAGAAUGAAUACACUCGAAGGCAAAGUGAGCGCUGACGAUGAUGAAGGUCAGGGCAGUGAGGAAGAAGACAAACACAAGAUCUCUGACAUCUCCAGCUGUGGCUCUGAAUUUGGAGAUGAAGUUGUGUCUAAAGGAGCUUCUGGCUUUCCAACAGUGUCUGACCCUCCAUAUGACAAGAGGUCCUAUCAGGAUGAGGAUAGCUUUGGGGAUUCAGAGUCGGAUGUUGCACACGAGGAAGACGCAGAGCGUGGAGGUGUCCUCGACGAUGCUGAAGACUCCACGCUCAUAGAGGACAGAGACGGCCAGCAGGGUAGGGUUGUGUUUGACGAUGACAACACAUGGAAUGACCUGGACGACACUGCUGUGGGUAAAACCAGCGAGCGUAGAGAGUUCAGACCAGUUUCCAAGCUGACACUCUGUGAAGCUGCACGGCCCGAGAUGACUCUGUUAAGAAAAAUAGCAACAGGCAAAGCUGUGGAGCCUGAUCAAGUCCCAGAACCUGAUCCUCCACCUGCCUCCCAACUCAUGACCAGGUUGUUCCCCUCACUAAAGCCAAAAGCCCAGAAUGCACCUGUUCCCCCUCCUGCUGUCUCUGAGUUGAAGCCAAAAGGUGACACAGCCCAGCAGGUCCAGUCCAUGCAGCUCAGAGAGAGACUGGUUGAGCUGGAGAUCGAGAUCGAGAGCUUUAAGAAAGAGAACGCUGCACUCGUCAGACUCCGACAAGAGAAGGAGAAAAAACUGGAAGAUCUCAGGAAAGAGCGUUUGGAGUUUGAGCAGAAGGCAGCGGAGGAGUUGAUCAAGUUCGAGGAGUACAAGAAGGAGGAAAACAGGAAGUUGCAGAAGGAGCGCAAACUGUUUGAGAAACACGCCUCAGCUGCCAGAGCCAUGCCUGACAAGAAGGAACGGGAGGAGAUCCAGGUCGGCAAAACGAAAACCUUUCACUGUGUCUGCUGGUGCUGUCUGGUAGAUGUUAAAUGA